GAAAAUUUAUUCUUAAUCUGUUUUUUUUUUUAAAUAUUUAACAAAAAGGUUUUAUAUUGAAGCUACAAACACGUUGCGGUCAAGUGAGAGUGUGUCCAUCGUUGAAAGUUUGGCGUGUAACUUGAUAUUUGAUUACAAAGAACCAGAAUCCAAAAUGACUCUAGAACAGCCAACUGGUGAAAUGUGGCAGAAGAUCCGUGAGGAGUUAAACGAGAACCCCGACACAAAGGAACAGGAUCUUGCUCACAUCAAGGAAUGGCUCAAGAAGGAACCUCAUCUACCCGAUGAGUUUGAUGACCAACGUAUCAUGACCUUCCUCAGAGGAUGCAAGUUCUCUCUAGAGAAAUGUAAGCGUAAACUGGAUAUGUACUUCACCAUGAGAUCAGCAGUUCCAGAAUUCUUUACCGACCGUGACGUCACUCGCCCCGAGCUACAGGAAAUAAUUAAGAUUGUCCAAAUGCCACCGAUGCCUGGUCUAACUCCUGAUGGUCGUCGAGUUAUCCUAAUGAGAGGUAUUGAUAAAGAUGUCCAGACACCAAACGUAGCAAAUGCCUUCAAACUGGCCCUUAUGUUGGGUGAUGUGAGACUCACUGAAGAGAAGGAAGGUGUUGCUGGUGAUAUUUAUAUUUUGGACGCAUCUGUGGCCACACCCAACCACUUUGCCAAGUUCACACCAACAUUGGUGAAGAAAUUCUUAGUGUGCGUACAGGAAGCGUACCCAGUCAAGUUAAAGCAAGUGCACGUGAUCAACAUAUCGCCACUGGUGGACAAAAUUGUAAACUUCGUGAAGCCUUUCCUCAAGGAGAAGAUCAGAGAAAGGAUCUUCAUCCAUAGCGAUGUUAACGAGUUGUACAAGUAUGUACCACAGGACAUGCUUCCCAGUGAAUAUGGCGGCAAGGCUGGACCCAUGAAUGACCUUCAUGAUGCCUGGGUUAAGAAGCUAGAAGAAUACAAAGGCUGGUUCGCUGACCAAGAACAGUACAAAGCAGAUGAGGCGCUCCGACCAGGAAAACCUACCAACUAUGACGAACUCUUUGGAAUAGAUGGAUCUUUCCGUCAAUUAGUCAUAGAUUAGAAAUAACAAGUAUAUUAUGGAGUUUAAUAUAAUUAAUUGAACGAUUUCCAAAAGAAUUGAAAAUUUUCGUUUACCUGCUGGGUAUUGACCCUUGUUAGAAAGAGAUAUUAUAUUACGUAGAUACUUAAAUGUGAAAUUGAUAUAUUCGAUCAAAAGAAAAGCUAUCGUUGUCCCUUUUUACCUCUAAUGUUUCUCAUAUUUAGACAUAAUUUAUUAAAUUCAAUCAUUCGAGUGAAAUUAAAAUUAGUUCAAUUAAUGACAGCGACUCCAUGCAUAAUUAUUUCUCCAAAUAAUACCCAUUCAAGUUAAGUUGUCUCGUAUAUGUCACAAAGUGCCAUUAUAGGACUAUCAAUUCUUACUUGUCUGGGUUAUAUAGCAUCUUCUCACUGUCGCACUUCUCUAUUUGCAUUUGAUACUUGACAAAAUGCUAUGAUAUCAACCAAAGUAGAUUGCUCAUUAUUGUUUAUUGUUAUAU